AUGUUUCCAGUCCGAGUGUUUGGGGAAUUGGAAUACAUUUUCGGCUGUUUCAAGCUCAUGUUUAUCAUAUUACUGAUCAUGAUGAUGUGUUUUCUAUCUAUUGUUCAGCCUCGAGGGGAAGCCUACUAUCAUGAACCUCUUGGCACUCGAUAUGGGAAUCAUCCUUACUCGUUUUUCAACCUCGUGUACAACGCCAAGGACGAGAAUCUGAAAGUCGAGCAUUCCAUUGAAGGGUCACUGGGAACUCUUCUAGGUGUCUGGUAA